AGUUUGGUUGAGCGCUCUUCAGGAGCAGAAGAGUCAAAAAACUGAAGCUGGCGGUUUGGGACAGCGCGAGCUUCUCCACGCUAAAGGCUGUGAGGCACAGCAUGUGGGAUCGGGUCAGACAUGGAUAAAUAUGAGAAGGUGAAAAAGAUUGGGGAGGGCUCCUUUGGAAAAGCCAUCCUGGUCAGGUCCAGGGAAGAUGGCCAUCAGUACGUCAUUAAGGAGAUUGGCAUCUCCAGGAUGUCUAAUAAAGAGAGACAGGAGUCACGCAGAGAAGUGGCAGUCCUCGCUAACAUGAGCCAUCCCAACAUUGUUCAGUACAAGGAGUCCUUUGAAGAGGGCGGCUGCUUGUAUAUAGUAAUGGACUACUGUGAAGGAGGUGACCUGUUUAAGAAGAUCAACAAUCAGAAAGGAGUUAUAUUCCCUGAGGAGCAAAUACUUGACUGGUUUGUGCAGAUAUGCCUAGCUCUCAAACAUGUACAUGAUCGCAAGAUCUUGCACAGGGAUAUUAAGUCUCAGAAUAUCUUUUUGACUAAGGAUGGAACAAUACAGCUGGGGGACUUUGGGAUCGCCAGAGUGUUAAACAGUACUGUGGAGUUGGCCAGGACCUGCAUAGGCACGCCUUACUAUCUUUCCCCUGAGAUUUGUGAAAAUAAACCAUACAACAACAAAAGUGAUAUUUGGGCCUUGGGAUGUGUCCUGUAUGAAAUGUGCACGCUUAAGCAUGCCUUUGAGGCUGGGAACAUGAAGAACCUGGUGUUGAAGAUCAUCCGUGGUUCAUAUCCCCCAGUGUCGGUGCACUACUCUCAGGACCUGCGCUCACUCCUGGGCCUGCUGUUCAAACGCAACCCCCGUGAGAGACCCUCGGUCUGCGCCAUACUGGACAAGCCUUUCCUCGCCCGAAGAAUCCACAAGUUUCUUUCUCCACAGCUCAUUGCUCAGGAAUUCAGCCGGUCUCUUCUCCUCAAACAGCCCCAAAUGAAUGCUGCACAGGGAGUACCAGCCAAGCGCCCAGCCCCUGGUCCAGCCCCCAUCACCCCUUCUCAGAAAAUCACUAAACCAGCUGCCAAAUAUGGAGUGCCUUUAACUGUAAAGAGACCUGUCUGUGCUGGCAGGAAGGUGGCUGAUGCAGCCAAAAAACAGGUGGAUCGAAAACCUGGGGUCAAACCGAAACAGGCUCCCCCUCCAGCUGCAGUUCAAAGGAGAGUGAGUCGAGUGGAGGAGGAGAGGAGGAAGCAUGAGGAAGGAGUGAGGAAGAAACAAAUGGAGGUGUUGGAGAAACAGAGGAAACAGAGAGAGCAGAUGUUGAUUCUGAAAGCUGCUCAAGUAAAAAGAUUUGAGAGGGAAAAGCUAAACCAGAUCAACCGUGCACGGGAGCAAGGCUGGAGGCACGUUUUAAGUUCCAGUGGGGGCAGCAGCCCAGAGAGGAAGUUUUAUGGGGGUGGAGGCAUGGGAGCCCCACCUGCACCUGCACCAGGCCCCUCUCCUCUACCUGGCCCUGCCCAUGUCCCACCUCCACUGCCAUGUCCAGCCCCUGCUCCUAAAGAGGGACCCAAAGCAUCAGGAGAUGUCAGCCCAGUACGGGCUGCAGGAGACCCUGGCUUGGCAAAUGGUCAUGCUUGCCGCCCGAGUAAGGAAUCUGUCAAAAAAGAGCCACGAAGGACAAGUCUCCAAACCGAGACAAUGUCUAAAAAUGACUACGCUAACAGGUUUCGAGCUCAGCUAGCGGCAGAGAGGGCCAAACAGGUGGAGGAGUUCCUGCAGCGGAAGCGAGAAGCCUUGCUUAAUAAAGUUCGUGCUGAAGGCCAGCUGGGGGCCCGGCAAAACCUGGCCACCAUCUUUGCGAAUCGGACAAGUUCUUCCCGAUGCAGGAGGCCACGGGUCAACAAAGAAGAGGAGGAGUACUUGGCUCGACUGAGGCAGAUCAGACUGCAGAACUUUAAUGAGCGUCAGCAGAUCAAAGCUCGUCUCAGAGGAGAGAAGUAUGACAGUGAGUGUUCAGACAGUCAAGAGUCCAGCGAGGAAGUGGAGCUCAGGAAGAAAAAGAUAGAGGUUCUGAAGGCCCAAUCGAAGGCCCGUGCAGCAGUGCUAAAGGAGCAACUGGAAAAGAAAAGGAGAGAAGCUUAUGAGAGAGAAAAGAGAGCAUGGGAAGAUCAUCUAGCUGCUCGAGGUGUAAAGGUUGCCAUAGGACCUCCAAAUGCAGCCGCACCUUCACCUGUGCCGUCUCCUCUUCCUGAGACCACUUCUCAGGAUGUGGUCACUAAAGCCACACCGUCCUGCAGACCCAUCACUCCAGCCAUCUCCAUGACGGCAGCAUUAAAGGACGUGGGCGCGAUUGCUUCCCUGCAGAAUUCUCCAAUGAAAGAGGAGCCCCCAGAAACAGAGACAACAGCUGUUCAGAACGAGAGGAAGGAAAUUUUGCGCAGAUUAAAUCAGAACCUGAAGGCUCAAACUUCUAAGGAGGAACAUGAGGGAGAGGUGACACCCACUGUUGUGCCAGGCCCUAUCCCUCAGACUAGCCAGCCAGUUACAGAGGAGAGACCACCCACUAGGGGUGAUAGGCGAAGGUGGGAAGCUGGAGAUCCACCCAUACUCUCAGUAGCCCAGCAGACUCUGGAGGACACCUGUAGCACUAUGGCAGUGUCUCAGGCCGUGUCUCCAGAGGCAAGUGCUCCCUCUGGUGCAGACAGGAGGAAGUGGCAGGCUGGAGCUGCUCCACUCUCUGUAGCUCACCAAACCUUGCAAGACACCAGUCUUGCUACAGCAGAACAAACAACAGGUGAGGUAAUUCCUAUGGAAGGCUGGCAAGGGGAGGGGCCCAGGAAAGCAUGGGGGAGAACUCCAGUUUCAGAAGUUUUGAAAAUUUUGGAGGAGGCAGAGCUUCAACCCAUCACCCAGCACCUAGAUAACGUCAGCAUCUCUGACAACAUGCUCACCACUGUCUCUGCAGAAAGCCUUAAGACUACUGCUGGACCUUCAGAUGUUACUGAUGGAGCCACACUGGGGCCUUCCCCUCAGCCAAGCCAUCCUGCCACUAGCCAAGACCAAGAAAGCAAAGCUGCCAUUGGCAAGGACCAAGACCAGGAAGCUGCCAUUGGCCAGGACCAAAAACAGCAAAUUACCAUUGGCCAGCACCCUGACCAGCAAUCUGAAUUUCCGGAGACUGUUUCAGAUGCAGCAGAGCUCAGAAGUCACGAGCAACAGCCAGGCUCAGCAGAGAAGACACUAAAGAGUCUCCCUGGUGAAAAAGAGAGUGAUGGUGUAGAUGAGGUAGAGUGUUUGGUUUUGAAGGAUGGCCCACAGCAAACUUCAGAAUCCCCAGCUAAAGUGAUUCAUGCAUGGGAACAGGAAGUUCAACAGCCUGGGCCAGAGAGGAGUGCUGUAACACUGACAGAGAAACCAAAGGGUGAGGAGAUGGUAGAUGGAGAGGAAGAGAAGCAGACUGAUCAAGCAGUGAGUGAGGAAGCUGCAUUUGUGAAGCUGAGCUGCAGUCCUGCGCAUCGGCGCACGGUGGCACUAUCCCUUCUCUCUGCCCAGUCCUCAAUGGAAGACUCCUCUUCCUCUCUGGCGUCCCGCUCCCGCUCUGUGUCCCCUCUGCGUACCCGCCGUGAUGACGUUCUCCUGAUUGGCCUCUCCACCGGGCUUUUUGAUGCCAACAAUCCCAAGAUGCUGAGAACAUGCUCUCUGCCGGAUCUCGGUAAACUCUUCAGCGCCUGUACAGAACCCGAUGGUGCUGCCACCCACGACAACAAUCUGGAGAUAGAGGAUCUGGAGGACAAAGAGGAUGAACAGUCUGAAACAGAGGAUGUAUAUGAAGAUGAGGAUCUGAGAGAGCUUAGAGCCUCUAUGGAGAGACUGCUGCAGCAGCAGCGCAGUGACGAUGAUGAAGACGACGAUGAUGGUGGCUCUAAUGGCAGCCCUCCUGAUGAAGAUGAACGUUCUGUGCAAUGCAAGGCUAGUCCAACAGUGGAAGGCUUGAAUGGUGUCACAGCUGAAGAGGAGGAUGGUGGUGAUGAUAGUGCUGAUGCCAGUCAUGAGGAAGAGGAAGGAGGGCUGAUGAGUAAUGGACUUAAUGUAGCAGAGGAUGAAGAGCAGAGCAGUGAGAGGCAACUCAAUGAGGAAUGGCACUCAGAUGAUAGCGAGGAAGAGGAGGAAAGUGAUUCGGAGCAGCAAGACAGUAUCUUCAGUCGUUUAGAAGAGCUCCGUUUUCAUUUGGAGCAGGCAAUGGGCUUCGACCACUUCAUCCAAGCCUACAACAAGAUCAAGGCCAUCCAUGAAGACGAAGAUGAGAACAUUGCUAUGGGCUCCAGCAUCGUGCAAAGCAUUCUGGGAACUGAACACCAGCACCUGUAUCCCAAGAUCCUCCACUUAGUGAUGGCAGAUGGAGCAUACCAAGAAGAUAAUGAUGAAUGAGGUACACCACCGUGCCGUACGCCGCCUCGGACAAUCUGCUGGCAGAAUGAAGUCUUCCCAAAAUGCUGUGCAUGAAGCAGAGAGAGUGUGUGCAGGGAGUGGAUGGACCGGGGCCCACUUUACGCAUGGCCAGUUUAGAGUUCACGGAUGACUGUCUUACUUCUAUGACCAGCAUCUAAAGCACUACUGUGUAAAAUAUAUGUAUAUGAAUGAAAGUAAUAUUUAACCAAAGCCUAACUGUGAGAGAAAGAGGUGCGUGAUGUAUGCUUAUGUCUGUUUCUAACUGUUGACAGGUUGUGUCUGAGAAAUUCUCACUACACAGUAUUUCCUAACAGCUGAAGCCAUGGUGGAACUGGGUGGCCUACGUCAAAUGGCAGGGGGUCAGUUAUCCAUCCAGCAACAGGUGCUUACUUAUGACACGAGGCAGACCUCAGCUUCAUAACAACCCAGUGUCACGCUGUACCACCUCUUUUUCUACUUUUUACAGGAAGAAAAACCUUUUCACAGAGUGCAUGCAGGCACUGUUCUUUUCUGCACUUUCCUACAUUUCAGAGACUCCUCAGUUUGGUCACUCCAAGACAGGAUGGAGUUGCUUAAACUUAUUCACACUGCAUACAGAGAGCAGCCACAUAGAUGCUUUGACGGUGUUCCUUAAGUGUUAAUUGAACGUUCAUGAAUAUCCUGUGCAUGCAUUAUACACGCCUUAUGCUAUUGCACUUCUAUUGUGAUGUAAUGGAAUGAUAUCAUAAUAGCACUACUUUGAUGUGGUACAUUGUGCAAAUGAUGUACAGAAUAUUGUGUAAAGGAGUAAGAGGAGUGGAGAGAAGAUAUUUAAGUUCUGUUGCUGUCUGAUAUAGACACAAUGUUUAUCUUUGUAUUCAUAAAUAAAUG